AUGCCCAUUCCUUUUAAAGAAAGGUACCCAGCCACCAGGUGCAUUUUGGCCUGUACAGAAAUCAAGAUUUGCAAACCAUCAUCCUUGCUAACUCAAAGUCAGUGUUUUUCCUCUUAUAAAAACACUACAACUGCAAAGGGAUUGUUAGGAAUGGCACCAUCCAGUGCUUCUGUAUCUAUUUCUGAUCUUUACACUGAUAGUAUUUCAGAUAAAGACAUCAAAAAACAAAGUGGAAUUCUAGAGCUGUUAGGAAAGGGUGAUGACUGCAUGGCAGAUAAAGGAUUUAACAUUAACGAUCUACUGGAAGCAAUAGGAGUGACUUUGAAUAUACCUUCCUUUCUUUCAGAUAAAGCCCAGUUUAAUGAGGAAGAAGUUGAAAAUACACAGUCAGUAGCAAGUGUUUGCGUCCAUGUGGAGAGGGCUAUAAGUAGAAUUAAAAUGUACAAAAUCAUUACCAAUGUUGUGCCCUUGUCUCUAGCAGGGGUGUUAAAUCAGAUUUGGACAGUCUGUUGCAUGCUGUUAUUAUUUCAGUCCCCAAUUAUUGACCAGGAAAAGUAUGAAAGAGAC